AAUCUUUAAAGCUUAUCAGUCGCCGUUUGGCUGAUUGCAUGUUUGUGCAUUUAUCGCUUUAGCAACUGAUUUUAGAAUUUUCGCAAAUGACCAAUUGAUGUAACAGAAUGUAGGGCACAUUUAAGGGCAGGCAGUUUCGUGUUGUUAUUUUCGCGAAAGUAACAACCAAUAACAAAACAGUAUUCGACUGUCGAGUAACUAUGUGAACAACAAUUAUAUACCAUAAAUGCACAAAUAUGUAAGUACAAGUAUAUAUGUUUGUAGCUAUAUAUAUUGCAUAUUUAAUUGUAGGCUAUAGCGAAAAUGCAAACGAAGGCAUAUUACAUACUAUGUAUCUACAUACUUACAUAUAAACUUAUGUACAUAUGUAUGCAGUUGCAGAAAUAAGUAUGCAUGUAUAUGCAUUUGCUGGAGAAUUCUUAUUUAGCACUUUUAAAUCGUAACAUCUUAUGUACUGCUUAAUUGCAGUUUGAUACUUUCACAGCGCUACAGAUCAAGUCAUCAAUCGCCAGACGAUUAGUACAUUUACAACCAUUAACCAAAUUACAUAUGGGUUUAAACAAUUGAAAAUCUGAGUUUACAUUUUAAUUUUAGGAUUACCUAAUUAAUAACAUGCAUAACUCAAUUAUUCGGACAUCACCGGAAAACUCCUGUGCAGAACUAAAAUAUGCCACGGAAACAACCAAAGAGAAGCUUAACACAGAAAUAACAGAUAUUAACAGCUCCAAACCGCCUUACAGUUAUGUUGCGCUCAUUGCCAUGGCUAUACAGAACUCACCAUUAAAGCGCGCUACACUCAAUGAGAUUUACAGCUACAUCACAUCACAUUUUCCAUAUUUCGAAAAAAAUAAGAAAGGUUGGCAGAAUUCAAUACGACACAAUUUAAGUUUGAAUGAGUGUUUCAUAAAGGUACCACGCGAGGGUACAGGUGAACGGAAAGGAAACUAUUGGUCGUUAGAUACACAAUAUGAGAAUAUGUUCGAAAAUGGCAAUUAUCGGCGGAGAAGACGCAUGAAGCGACCUUAUCGUGCGGUGGGACAUUUUCCUAAAUUAAUGACUGACACCUGCCCCUCGAAAAUGAUUUUCAAUCACACACCUUGCCAAACAUACUAUAGAUACAACACAAAUACUCAAUGGAUACCCACGCAGUCAUUUGCCGGUUAUGGUCCAUCUGCAGUGAGAAGUAGCUAUCCGAAUAACUCAGCAGCUAGUUUUUCUCCACCAUUACUGGGUGCGAACAACUACAACAGCAUUAUCCAGCAAGAAGGCGGCUCCACCGAAGGCAUUAAAAUGAUGGACCCAUGCCCAUGUCCCAUUUGGAAUACAAUUCCCGAUUUGAUGAUCAAAGAUGAGCAUUCAUCACAAAGUCAUACCGAUGCUACAUUGAUCAGUUAUCAAAAGCAAUUCGCUUUACAUUAAAAAACAUUAUAACAAUAUAAGGAAAUACGUUAAAUAACAAAAUAUUUAAUAGUUAUAAAUGCUGUAAAAUUAAAGUAUAUUUUAAAGAAUAAUAGUGUAAUAAGAAAUACCAAAAAUGAAAUAAACUAAAUAAUGUAUGAAUAAAAAAUG